AUGAUUGCGAGGGCGGGUCGAUAUAAUCGAAAUGAAUCAAAUCGUUUAUUUCCAUUUUUUUCAGCUGUAGGAAAACAUUUGCCAAAUUUACUCGUUGUAUCUCUGGUACCGUCUGUUUUUUCUACUUUCAAAAUAUUCAUGAGUAUAUAGUCGGUAGCAUAUACAAUAAUUUGUUUUCCCCGCUCUCCCAGCCCUUUUUACUUCUGAAGCCUUUGAUAUUGGCGAUAAAAUGAGUCUAUCGACUUAUCUUAUUUAUUUUUGCAAAACCACAAUCUAUAAUAAAUAUUAUGUUGUCAAGCAUAACUGAAUUUCCGAAAUAUUUGUUGAUACUAUACAUCUUCGGUAUAUGCCGCUUUGGUUGUCAUAUUCUGGCGUUUCAAACUCUUUUGAUUGUUA